AUGGGUAGCCUGGCGAGAAUGGCCAUGUACGUGAGCUUUUGUCGAGGCAAGCACCUCGGCCAGAUGACGGCCAUACAGGGCGGAAGCGCGCCGCCGGCUCUCGGCAACAAUACCGGAGCUCAACCUGCAGUGCGCGUUCCAAGGCCGGCGACUCUCCUUGCCGCCUUUGACAGACUUCGACACGGAAGCGCCCGCCAACCGACGACGAGCAGCUUGCCGACGAAAAAACGACGGCGAGGUGCCCACGCAAAACGCCUGUUUCAGCAGGCCCAUUCUCAAGUCGGUGUCGCUGAGGCUAGGCCCCUGGUCACAGUCGUCAACGACUUCCGGGCCUUACGAACAGAUGUUACGGCUCAUCUCGGACCUGACCAAGGCGUGCCGAGAGCUCUCGCACAAACUCGCGAGAAUGCGCUCCGAAAGCAGCGGAAGCCGAGGGUUCUGUGGUCAACUGCUUUCACUGAAACCACGGAAUGA